AUGGCGGCGCAUGAUUCUCCAAGGCGUCCGGCUCCUGGUCGUGACGAUGCCGAUCCCACGGCCCCGCUACUUCAGCCUGCUGCCACUGAAGGGGAGAAUGAGCAAGGUCACACGAAUAAACCUAAAGGUCUAUUGCAAAAUCUCCGAGAGUUUUAUGAGAAGAAUUUUGGCCUGUUUCUCGUGUUCCUCGCCCAGUUUUUUGCGUCAACGAUGAUAAUGACUACCAAGUUGCUUGAAACUGGCUUCGAGACCAAGUUCCACGCCCUGCAGAUCAUUUUUGUUCGCAUGUUUUCCACAUCAAUUAUCGGGUCUCUAUGGAUGAUGUAUAAGGGCGUUCCUGGGUUCCCAUUCGGCCCUCGUGGCGUACGGAGACUUCUUGUUAUUCGAGGGACUGCAGGAACCAUUGGGUUGUUUGGUCUAUACUAUUCACUAUCAUACCUCGACAUGUCGGACGCUACGGUCAUCACCUUUCUCGUACCUACGCUUACUGCAUUCGUCUGUUGGGUUGCUCUCCACGAACCCUUCACGGUCAAAGAGGCACUGGCCGGUCUUCUUGCGUUUGGGGGCGUAUUGUUCAUUGCUCGCCCACCUUACUUAUUUCCGAGCCAAGAGGGGGACGAUAGUCAAGAGAACCAAUCUCUAACGACUGAUGUCUACUCAUUUAUUAACAUUGACCGUCAGGGAGGAAUUGUUCCCCCUGAGAAAGCGAGUCCCGCUGAGCGUGCAAUGGCUAUUGCCUGCGCCAUCCUAGGCGCAUUUGCCGCUGCCACAGCAUAUGCUACCAUUCGUGUAAUUGGAAAGCGAGCACACUCCCUUGUUAGCGUCAAUUAUUUCGCUGUGCUUGGCUCUUUCAGCUCCUUUGCGAUAAUCAUGAUCCAUCCGGACCUUCAAUUCGAGAUUCCUCACACUGUGACCCAAUGGCUUCUAUUAGUAUUUAUCGGAAUCUCGGGAUUUCUCCUCCAGGUACUACUAACAGAAGGGCUACAAAGAGAGAAGGCAGGACGAGCAACGAAUCUUAUUUACACUCAAAUGAUCUGGGCAUUGGUUUUCGAACGGAUUGUUUGGGGCACAACACCUCCCAUCACCAGCUUUAUCGGGAGCGGGCUCAUCAUUAGUGGAGCAGUUUGGAUCAGUCUCCAAAAGAAAGCUCCGGAAACCCCCAAGGGACAAACCGCGGAUGAGGAGAACAGAACUCCAGGUGCAGGUGAACAGCAAAGUCGCUCUUGA